AUGUCCCAAAUUCUAGCAGUCGAGAAAGGAGCUAAGCUGAUCGUAAUCGAUAUUGAUAGUAAAGGUGCUGAAGGAACAGCCCGCUCAAUACUAGAUGGGGGUGGUCAAGCAAAAGCCUAUCACUGCGACAUUAGAGACGAACACGAAAUGGAAAGGAUAGCUCACAGAAUUCAUGAGGAUUAUGGAAAAGUGGACAUUGUUCUAUGUAACGCGGCCGUCCUCUCGUUUGCACCAUUUAUGGAGCUGACAACCAGGGAACUUCUUCAAUCACUGGAAGUUAACGUCAUUGGGACCAUCAAUACAAUUCGCGCUUUUCUCAAACCCAUGAUGGAGAGGAAUUCUGGACAAGUUGUUGCAGUUUCAUCAGUUGCAGGAUUCUCAGGAGAGACGUUUGGUCUUGCUUACUGGUAUGUUAUCUACUGCUCUGUUCUGAGAUAA